UUAAUUUUCUUUUUUCCCUCCCUUAUUAAAGGCAGAAUGCUCUCUCUGGCUGGAGGAAUGCGGAACCUUCUCCCGUGCAAAGCAGACGGGCUGCUACAGAUUGCAGGAGAGAUGCUGAAAGGCGAGGAGGGACGGGGAGGGACGCCACGCUCCCCUCGCCCCCACCCCUAAGGGCUGCUGCCAGUCGCGCGGGGGGGCGUCCUACAUGAAGCAGCCCCCUCCCCGAAAUCGUCAACCCUGCCCUCUCCUCCUCCCUCCCUCCCGCCACCCCCCACCCCGGCUUGUAAGCCUCUCCCUCGCUGGCAGCUGAGAUCUAUGAAGAUCGCUUAGGGCAGAGUGGGCGCUGCUUCUCCCCCCCACCCCCAACACUUGCCCCCCCCCACCCGCAACGAGCGCCCCCAUGGCGAAGGAGAAAAAUAAGAAGGCUCUGCUGGAACUGCUCCGGAGGGAGGGCAACGACGUGUGUGCGGACUGCGAUGCGCCCGAUCCAGACUGGGCAUCUCACACUUUAGGAGUGUUCAUCUGCUUAAAUUGUUCAGGAAUCCACCGCAACAUCCCACAUGUCAGCAAAGUGAAAUCUGUCCGUUUAGAUGAAUGGGACAAUGUGCAAGUUGAGCUGAUGGCUUCUAGCGGAAACAGCGUGUCGAAAGCAAAAUACGAAUCGAAAAUCCCACCAUUUUAUUACAAGCCAACAUUUUCGGACUGCCUGCUGCUACGGGAACAAUGGAUCAGAGCCAAAUAUGAAAGGAAAGAGUUCAUUUACAUUGAGAAGCAGGAGCCUUACUCUGCAGGGUACCGGGAAGGAUUUCUCUGGAAGAGGGGCCGUGACAACGGGCAGUUCUUGAGCAGGAAAUUCGUGCUUUCAGAACGGGAAGGUGCCCUGAAGUAUUACAACAAAAAUGACGCAAAAGAACCCAAAGCAAUCAUGAAGAUUGAGCACCUGAACGCCACUUUCCAGCCUGCCAAAAUCGGGAACCCGCAUGGGCUGCAAAUCACGUACUUGAAAGACAACAGCACAAGGAACAUCUUUGUUUACCAUGAAGAUGGCAAGGAAAUGGUGGACUGGUUCAACGCCAUUCGCGCCGCUCGAUUCCAUUACUUACAAGUGGCAUUCCCUGGAGCGAGCGACGUUGAUCUGGUGCCAAAGCUUUCUAGGAACUACUUGAAGGAAGGAUACAUGGAAAAAACUGGGCCAAAGCAAACUGAAGGCUUCAAGAAGCGGUGGUUCACCAUGGAUGACAGAAGACUAAUGUAUUUCAAAGAUCCCCUGGAUGCCUUUGCCAGGGGGGAAGUCUUUAUUGGAAGCAAAGAAAACAGCUACAAGGUCUUGGAAGGGCUCCCGCCGUCCAUCCAGGGAAACCACUGGCAACAUGGAAUCACCAUCGUGACUCCAGACAGGAAGUUCCUUUUUGCCUGCGAGACGGAAAGUGACCAGCUGGAGUGGAUCGCAGCUUUCCAGAAAGUGAUCAGUAGGCCAAUGCUGCCGCAGGAAUAUGCAGUGGAAGCCCAUUUCAAGCAUAAACCAUAGUAGCAUCAUGCUGGACA